GCAAGACUCAACGGUCAAUACUGUUUCUGAGUCCAAGUGCGAGUUGUGCGACUCAUCUCUGUCAGCUCUAAGCUAAACUCGAGCAACUAGAGAAUUUGAAUUCUCCGAAGAUCAGCAAUGGAUGAGGAAAUGGACGAAGCGGAUACCCAAUCUCAGGUGUAUAUGGCGUGCAUUCUCCAUGGGCAUCGGGUCGGAAUUGCUUAUUACGACUCGAGUAUCCGUCAACUCCAUGUCCUUGAAGUUUGGGAAGAUGGCAACUCUGAUUUCCCCCUAAUUGAUCUUGUGAAGUAUCAGGCUAGGCCCCAGAUAAUCUAUGCAAGCACCAAAAGCGAAGAAAGUUUCUUAUCAGCCCUGCAGCAAAAUGAUGGCACGACUGAGGCCCCUACACUAAAAUUGGUGAAAAGUUCUAUAUUCAGCUACGAACAGGCAUGGCACAGGUUGAUAUACCUUAGAGUAACAGGAAUGGAUGAUGGGUUAAACAUCAAGGAGAGGAUCUGCUACCUCAGUUCCAUGAUGGAUAUGAAUAGUGAAGUUCAAGUUCGUGCCAGUGGUGGUCUUCUUGCAAUAUUAGAGAGUGAGAUGAUUGUGGAUACCCUUGAGCACCAAGAAUCAGGGCGACCAUCAAUUACCAUCGACUCGUUAGCAGAAGUAUCAUUAAACAAAUUUCUUAAAGUCGAUGCAACAGCUCAUGAGGCUUUGCAGAUCUUCCUGUUGGACAAACAUCCUAGCCAUAUGGGGAUUGGUAGAGCAAAAGAAGGGUUCUCUGUAUUUGGCAUGAUGAAUAAGUGUCUAACUCCGGUUGGUCGACGCCUUCUGAGAAACUGGUUUCUGCGGCCCAUACUAGAUUUGGAAAUGUUAGAUCGUCGUCUCAAUGCUAUUUCAUUUUUCCUAUGUUCUGAAGAACUAAUGGCUUCUUUACGUGCAACAUUGAAGUCAAUCAAGGACAUUCCUUACAUUUUGAAGAAAUUCAACUCUCCAAGCUCCGCGUGCAACAUUAGUGAUUGGUCAGCCUUCUUGAAGAGCAUUGGUUCGCUCCUGCAUGUGGAGAAACUAUUUCAGACAGGCGUUUCUGGAAACCUACAAGAGCAUGCACAGUACUUAAAUUUGGAUAUCCUCGAGCAGGCUUCAUCAUGCAUCACUACAGAGCUAGCUUAUGUCUAUGAAUUUGUUAUUGGUAUAAUUGAUGUUACUAGAAGCAAAGGCAAAGGUUACGAGACAAUGGUAAAGGAAGGCUUAUGUGAGGAGCUGGAUGAGCUGAGGCAAAUCUACGAUGAACUUCCUGAAUUUCUCCAACAGGUGUCAUCAGCAGAGCUUGCACAGCUUCCUCAUUUGAGUCGAGGGGAACUUCUUCCUUCUAUAGUGUACAUGCAGCAAAUUGGUUAUUUGUUAUGCAUUUUUUAUGAAAAACUUGAUGAUAUCUCACUUGCAAAGCUUCAUGACUGUGAAUUUGUGUUUUCUGAUGCUGAUGGGCAGACUGAAAGAUUUUUUUAUCGUACGCCGAAGACUAGAGAAUUGGAUGAACUUCUGGGAGACAUAUAUCAUAAAAUUCUAGACAUGGAAAGAGCAAUUACUAGAGAUGUGGUCUCACAUAUACUUCAAUUUUCCGUACAAAUGCUGAAGGCGAUUGAUUUUGUAGCUGAACUUGAUUGUCUUCUGUCAUUGGCUCUUGUCGCUCGCCAGAACAACUACGUGAGACCUAUUUUAACUGAAGAAACCUUGAUUGAUAUACAAAACGGAAGACAUGUUUUACAGGAAAUGACUGUUGACACAUUCAUUCCUAACGAUACGAAGAUUGUUGAUGAGGGAAGGAUCAACAUCAUCACUGGCCCUAACUAUUCAGGGAAGAGUAUCUACAUUAAGCAGGUGGCUUUGAUCGUCUUCCUUUCCCACAUUGGCAGUUUUGUUCCUGCAGAUGCUGCAACUAUUGGGUUGACUGACAGGAUAUUCUGUGCGAUGGGAAGCAAACUUAUGACUGCAGAACAGUCAACAUUUAUGAUAGACCUACAUCAAGUAGGAAUGAUGCUAAGGCAGUCAACCUUCCGAUCCUUGUGUUUGCUGGACGAAUUUGGCAAAGGUACCCUUACAGAAGAUGGCGUUGGUCUACUUGGUGGCACCAUAAGUCACUUCAUUGCUUCUGAGGACCCUCCUAAGGUUCUGGUGUGCACUCACUUGAGCGAGCUAUUCAAUCAGAGUUGCUUGCCAGAGUCUGAGAGGGUGAAGUUUUACACCAUGAGCGUGUUGAGGCCUGACGACAACUCUGUGGGUUCUGAGGACAUUGUUUUCCUGUACAGGCUAGUUCCAGGACAUGCACAUCUUAGCUACGGACUGCACUGUGCUUUACUUGCUGGUGUUCCCGAAGAAAUUGUAAGGAGGGCAGCACUCAUACUGGAAUCUGCCAUGGAGAGCACCUCUGUGGAGCGAUUGUGCAGCGACAGUAUAUCUGCUCAAGAUCAGCUGUACAAGGAUGCUGUGGACAAGAUGUUGGCAUUUGAUGUUGACAAUGGCGUUCUCAACCUCUUCUUCAAGGAGAUCUCCUUCUAGUGACUGAUAGCGGCGGGUCAGAGGUAUCCUCUCAUCUUAUUCGCUUCUAUAACCCAGCAAACAGGCUGUUAUAAACUGCCUUUUUAACUACACAGUUUUUUGUUAUACCCAUUUCUUGUCUCGAAAACCUUCGGCGAAGUGAAUGAAUCGUGGUUCAUAUUUCCCAUUGCUCAUCAACUAGAAAAUCUUGUCACCUUCCAGCAUAAACCCAAUAUUUUUAGGACUUAAACAAUGUGUCUGCAUGUGGCAACUUUCAUACAACCUUGGACUUACAGUUACAUGCAUGCAUUUGCAACAACAGUCUGUCUAAACUCUGAUAACCCUAAACUAAAACUACUAGCCUAGCUAGCUUCCUUCUGCUCUAAGAAGCAUGCUCAGAAACUAAUUUCCUGAUGUUCAUCGGUGCUACGUAUUUCGACGGACCGUCGAUAAUGGCAUCCACCACGUGGCGGUACAUCGCCUCUGUGGGAUGAAUCCUGUCAAAGAACAUGUACUUGUUUCUGUCCUCACAAUAGUCCGAGAAGGGAGUGCAAAGGAAUUCAGCUUCCAAUUUUCCAACCCCACAACAUGCAGCCUUGGUCUCACUAAAUCCAUAGCGAGAUGCAUUGUUGACGACAUCUAGGAAGAAAGUGUAGGCGUCGAAGUACGUGUAGCUGACACCCUUGUGCUUGGAUUUGAACAGUUGCAGCAUUGGCUUGAGCAUUCGGUUGUACGUAUCACACAUGGAAUUCAACUCAUUGUCGCACUCCUGAUUCUUGACAGGGAGCCUUCUCGCAGGAGCACAUCCGAGCGCAGGGAGCCCUGUGAGGGCGAAUCUACGAGCUCCAUACGCGUAUAACCUCUGUCCACAAUUUUUAAACUGGUAGUUUAGAGACACUAUGAAUCGAGCAAGCACACUGGGAACUGGGGCCGAGCUUUGGUUAGGGUACCUCGAGCUGUUCUACGAGCUUGGAGGCUGUCUGGUUGGAACGAUCUUGGGGGGCGAACUUCUCGCGAAGACUGUCGGAAUCGUAGUAGUUGAGCAUGUCGUUGCUGCCGAUCACCACCAGGAACAAGGCUUUGCUCACUAUGUUUUCGGUCCGGUCGUACCCUCGGAGCUUCAACAGAGUGGAGUAGACCUUGGCAUAGUAAUCAACUUGCUCCUCCAGCGAAAUGUGAACCCCCUGCUCAAGUCAAAAACCUAAUCACAACAUAACAUUAUAGUCUGAGAGACUUGCUAAAACAAACAGAAGAUUCCAACUUACGAAAAUGGAUCCAGUGUUCUUCAACACACCGCAACCAGCGGAAGCGAAGUUCAAACCGGUUAAGGGGAUGGACCCGAACCCAAACCCGAACCCGAGCUCAGACACAUUCUUGUUAAUGUUUUGCCAGAUGUGCCUGAUCGAUAGAUAUGGCGGCGGGGAUGGCAGACCAAGUUUUUCAGCGACCAAAUCGGAAGGGAUCUUGCCGUUGGAGAAGCGUCCGGUGGGUUCGCUAUACGCAAAAUCGACACCGUAGUGUGGGUAAUUGGAUUUGGCUAUCGAGAAGAGGAGGUGGUUGUUGUUCCCGACGUCCACCACCGAGUCACCAAACACGAACGCCGCCGGGACCAUUUGACCCUCCGAGCAGCUCGUCAUCACCGCCACCGCCACCACCAUCGUCGUCAUGAACAGCGACCAGCGUCGACGGUAGUCCAUAUACAAUCGAAAUGGAGAAGCAGAAAGGGAAGACGCCAUGGCUAAUGAUGCCAUAAAUAAACUAGUCAAUUAGCUAGAUUGGUUU